CAUGGGCCUACAACUUCAUGGUAAGCACGUUCAAUGAAGGACCCCCACAAUGGGAAAAAAAAUAAAAGAAACAAACAGGAAGAAAAAUGAUUACAUGACAAAAGAUGAAGAGAGAAAAGAAACUUGAGAUGGUGACGGCCAAUGCCAGUACCUAGAAAUUAGAUCAACGGCUAAUACCUUACCUCAUUCUUAUAAAGUUCUUCUUCUUCUUCUUCUUCUUCUUCUUCUUCUUCUUCUUCUUCUUUAGAGAUUCCCUCGAUCGUUUUCACCGAGACCCGUCUCAAGAGAUGGGUCGAACUGUUGCAAGAUUGUCGAGUUUCUGCUUGAAUCGUGUCACGACUCAUGUUCGGGUUCGGUCCCCAACUAUUCAAUCAAAACCCACCAUCAAUUACAUCAAAACCGAUCAGAAGACCGAGUUCAUAGACAACAGGGAGAAGAUUUCCGGUGAUGGUGUGAAACCCGGGACGUCUCUUAUCAGUAGAAGGAUCAUGAUUGUGGUCGAUUCGACUGCUGAAGCCAAGAGUGCUCUACAGUGGGCUCUCACACACACGGUUCAGAACCAAGAUACUAUAGUACUUCUCUGUGUGACGAAGCCUUCUAAGCAAGGCGAGGAGUCCAACCCAGAGAUCAGUCCAAGGGUUCAUGAUCUUCUUUACUCUAUGAAGAACGUUUGUAAAACGAAGAGACCUGAGGUGCAAAUUGAGGUUGCUUUGGUGGAGGGGAAGGAUAAAGGACCAAUUAUAGUGGAAGAGGCAAAGAAACAAGGGGUGUCACUUUUGGUUCUAGGGCAGAGAAAGCGAUCGAUGACAUGGCGCCUGUUGAUGAUGUGGGCAGGGACCAAGGUCAGUCCUGGGAUCGUCGAGUAUUGCAUCCAGAACGCCAGCUGCAUGACAAUUGCAGUGAGGAGGAAAAGCAGAAAGCUUGGAGGAUAUCUCAUCACAACAAAGCGUCACAAGGAUUUCUGGCUCUUGGCUUGAUCAACUGUGCGAUGGUUUUGAUCGUGGAGGGUGGGAUCGAUAUGUUGGUGCCAUGAAGGAUGUGCCGAUGUGAUUGACUGAUUGCGAUUGUAAUGUUUGUAAACAAAAGUUGAUGAAAUGUAGAAAAGGAACUCCGGGUUUGUGAAUGAAGGAAAAGCGAGAUGUCAUUA